CGCCGAUAGUCUAUUGGACAGCCGCACACAGAGUUCCAGUCCUUUUCCACACAACCCUUUGGCAAGUUUCACAACGCCAGUAUACAAACGAGAAAUCAUCGAGAAAAUGUUUAGAUCCAUUUUUGGACUAAAAUUCUUUGCAAGACCUCGGUCUUCAGGAGAUAUGGACUCUUCUUCGAAGAAGUCCAAACGAAGGAGUGAGAGACCUUCAUCUCCUGAAGACCUCAACCCUCCCACCAUCUUGAGGGAGCACGGACGACGGGGUGAGAGACCUUCGUCUAGUGGAGGCACCAACCCUUCUACCAUCAUGAAGGAGCACAGACAAAAGGGUGAGAGCCCUUUGUCUUGUGCAGAAAACAAGCCCUCUACCACCAGGCAGCAAAUACGAAGGGGUGAGAGCCCUUCCUCUUCAUCCUCUGAAGACGACCAGCCUUCUUCCACCAGGCAGCGAGUACGAAGGUUUGAGAGCCCUUCCUCUUCAUCCUCUGAAGACGACCAGCCUUCUACUCCAAGGCGGAAGCAAGCAUGGAGAGGUGAGAGCCCUCCGUCUUCAUCUUCUGAAGACGACCAGCCUUCUUCCACCAGGCAGCGAGUACGAAGGUUUGAGAGCCCUUCCUCUUCAUCCUCUGAAGACGACCAGCCUUCUACUCCAAGGCGGAAGCAAGCAUGGAGAGGUGAGAGCCCUCCGUCUUCAUCUUCUGAAGACGACCAGCCUUCUUCCACCAGGCAGCGAGUACGAAGGUUUGAGAGCCCUUCCUCUUCAUCCUCUGAAGACGACCAGCCUUCUACUCCAAGGCGGAAGCAAGCAUGGAGAGGUGAGAGCCCUCCGUCUUCAUCUUCUGAAGACGACCAGCCUUCUUCCACCAGGCAGCGAGUACGAAGGUUUGAGAGCCCUUCGUCUUCAUCCUCUGAAGACGACCAGUCUUCUACUCCAAGGCGGCAGCAAGAAAAGAGGGCUCUGAGCCCUUCGUCUUCAUUUUCUGAAGACGACGAGCCUUCUACCACAAGGAGGCAGCAACAACGAAGUAAUUUGUACAUCGUAGACUUCAACCUUUCUACCACCUUUAGGCAGGAUGGAGGAAUUGGUGAGAACCAUCUGCCCUGCGUUGACAUUGACCACCCUAGCAUCUGGUGGGAGCGCGUACGAAGGGUCAACCCUUCAAACACCUUGAGGCAGGACGGAAGUGGUGACAGCCCUUCCUCUACAUUUUCAUCUUCUGAAGACGACGAGCCUUCUACCACAUGGAGUCAGCAAGAAAGAAGGGCUAAUAGCCUGAGUGCGAGAAAGGAGAGGGAGCUCGUUGAAAUACAAAAGCAGCGUUAUUCUGAUUUGAGGUGUGAAAAGAUGAAGAUAAAGAAGGAGAGGAAAACGUUUGGUCUGCUUUCAAGAAUAUACAUUUGGUGGCUCGAAUGGAAGAUAGACCGCAGUGCCAGGGAAAUCCAAUCAACCUGUGAGGAUGCGUGCUACCUCCAGGUUCAUGGUCACCUCAGAAAUCCAGAGAUAAUAGCCAAGAUCCAAAAAGAGCUGCUUGACCGAAGGAAUGAGCUGGCCGUUUCAUAUCGCAGACAAGUAUUUAAGUUGGAGAUGGAAGUGAGGAAGCAAAGACUGAAGAGUGAGGACACGCCCCCCCUGUUGAUUCUCCCCACACCUGGUACCAACUCCAAUCAGCGCACCUGCUACUCAUCCUGCUCCAUCAUCUGCCUUCAAAUGCCAGUCAGACUUUCCUCUCCCUGCCGGAUUGUUGCUUACCACUGAAAAUAACCCACCUUUGGAAUCCUCUGCUGCCAAUAGCGCACUGGAACAUCAAGUCUGCAGCCCCACUGAGGAACACAGCCCAGCACCCCCUCUGCCAGUCUAGCCAUCUUCAGACCCAGCACCCUCUCUGCCAGUCCAGCCAUCUUUGGACCCAGCACCCCCACUGCCAGUCCAGCCAUCUUCGGACCCAGCACCCUCUCUGCCAGUCUAGCAAUCUUCGGACCCAGCACCCCCUCUGCCAGUCCAGCCAUCUUCAGACCCAGCACCCCCACUGCCAGUCCAGCCAUCUUCAGACCCAGCACCCUCUCUGCCAGUCUAGCCAUCUUCGGACCCAGCACCCCCUCUGCCAGUCCGGCCAACUUCGGACCCAGCACCCCCUCUUCCAGACCAGCAAUCUUCGGACCCAGCACCCCCACUGCCAGCCCACACUCACAGCUUCAAUAAAAUAAGAUUCUUUACCACCUA